AACAAUGAACAGAGGCACAUAUUGGAGUGACAUUGAGAUAAAAGCAGUAAUAGCUAUCUGGGGAGCUACUGACUUGCAGCAGCAACUUGAUGGAGCUGUAAGAAAUAAACUGAUUUACGAAAAAAUAUCAAAAGAAAUGAAGAAAAAAGGAUACGAAAGAGACUGGAUUCAAUGUAGGGUAAAAAUUAAGAACGUAAAAACAAACUACAAAAAAGUAAAGGACGGUAACAAUAAGACAGGGGAACGUAGGAAAACAUGCAAGUUUUAUGACGAGCUGGAUAGGAUUCUGGGGCACCGACCAGCCUCCGCUCCAUCUUUCCUCGUUGACACCAGCUCUGAGGUGAAGGAAAGGGAUGGCAGUCAGAUCCAGCCACAGUCUCCAGUGGAGAGUGCGGAUGAUGUGGCCAAUACUGAGGGAGAGCCCAUAAUUAUCUAUACACACCCAAAAACAGGUACUCCCCCGCCAACAAAGAAAAGCAGGAAAAACAAAACCGAAAAGGCUAUGGAGAAGCAGCUGGAGACAUUUCUGGGCUACCAGAGAGAAGCAGAGGAAAGAUUUGAGAAAAGAGAGGAGGAAAGAUGGGAGAGAGAGAGAGAAUUAGCAGAAACAAGAAGAAAGGAGGAACAGACGCACCAACUCAACAUGAUUCAAAUGCUUGGACAAAUGAUACGGCAACCAGGACCAUCACAGUAUUAUCCACCAUCAUCGCAACCAUUUAACCCUGACUCACCGUAG